UAAGUCAUUUGAUUAGCAUUUUAUUUUAUAUGUAACUAAUUCCUGCAAACUUGACACCCAGGGUAGCCCGUUAGCCAUGUUGACGGUAGCGCUCCGUCUUGAGUCGCUCUCCGAGGUGCUGAAAUAUGAUUCUUCAAUUUUAUUCCUCUGCUGGGAUCUGGUUUCUGACUCCCUGAUACAAAAACCAGUCCAGUCAGGAGGCAGAGAGAACAACAAGAUGAAAGGUCAUUGAUCUACAACCUGCACGCAAGCAAUUUAAGCUAACACUUCAGCAAAAGAGGCAGCAUUUACUUAAGACUGGUGGUCGCAUUCCCCACCUCCGUUGGUCAACAUGACGUCUUCAAUGCUUCGAAGGCAGCUGAAGAACCUGGUCCAGAAUUACUCUGAGGCUGAGGUCAAGGUUAGAGAAGCGACGUCCAAUGAUCCAUGGGGCCCUUCCAGCACUCAGAUGGCUGACAUCUCUGAUCUCACCUACAAUGCGGUGGCUUGCAGCGAGAUCAUGACAAUGCUCUGGAAACGCCUGAAAGAUGACAAGAAUUGGAGACAUAUCCACAAGUCUCUGACUCUGUUGGAGUACCUCCUGAAGACAGGUGAUGAUCGUGUGAUGCUGAAAAUGAAAGAAAACAUCUACAUUGUCAAAGCUCUCACAGAAUAUCGUUUUGUGGAAAAGGAUGGGAAAGAUCAGGGAGUGAAUGUAAGAGAGAAGGCCAAGGUAGUUCUUGUUCUUAUGGAGGAUGAUGAAAAACUGAAAGAAGAAAGAGAGUUUGCUGUGAAGACCAGAGAAAAGACAUCCAAAGGUUCUGCUGCAUCAUCCACAGACAAUGUGAAGGAUUCUAACUACAAGCCAGUUUAUGUUCCUGGAUCUUCGGGACUUCCAUGCUUGGACAACAUUCCAUCUGUGGCCGACUUGACUGCUUCUUUUGCUGCCCGCAAAGAGGAGCGACUUCGACAAGAAGCAGAGAAGAAGGAGGCUGAGAGACGAGCCAAGAUGAGCGAAGAUGAGCUUAAAUGGGAGGAUGCAGGAACAGCUGAAAAUGCAGCAAGUGAGGCAUGGGGUGGCGAGAAAGAGGAGGAGAAGAAGAAGGAAGUGAAAUCAGACCCAUGGGGAGCUCCCAAAGAACCUAGUACUGAUCCUUGGGGUGCUACAGCCAAAACUGAAGAUCCAUUUGUGGCAGACAAAUCUGAUGAGGAUCCAUUCACAGCACCUAAAGACAAACCAGAUCCCUUCAGUUCUUCCAAUGGGGAUCCAUUCAAUGCUCCAAAAGACGAUCCAUUCAAUGCUCCAAAGGACGAUCCAUUUAAUGCUCCAAAGGAAGAUCCAUUCAGUGCUCCAAAGGACGAUCCAUUUAAUGCUCCAAAGGAAGAUCCAUUCAGUGCUCCAAAGGAUGAUCCAUUCAGUGCUCCAAAGGAAGAUCCAUUCAAUGCUCCAAAGGACGAUCCAUUUAAUGCUCCAAAGGAAGAUCCAUUCAGUGCUCCAAAGGAAGAUCCAUUCAGUACUCCAAAGGACGAUCCAUUUAAUGCUCCAAAAGAUGAUCAGUUUAAAGCCCCCAAUGGUGACCCAUUUGGUACUCCAGAAAAUGAUCCAUUUAAUGCUCCAAAAGAUGAUCAAUUUAGCGCUUUGAAAGAAACCCCGAAAGAUGAUCCAUUUAAUGCUCCUAAAGAUGAUCCGUUUGAAGCUUCAAAAGACGACCCAUUUACAACACCAAAAGAUGAUCCUUUUGGUGUCCCAGCAAAUGAUCCUUUCACUGCUCCAGUAUCACCACCCCCUAAAGAGGAGCCGUUAGUAGAAGCAACAAUAUCUAAGGCUGAUUCGUUCACUGGUCCCACAACGCCACCUAAAGCAUCAUUUUCAUCACCAACCAAACCUGUUCAAAAUGAUCCUUUUGGUGAACCAACAACGCCGGGUAAGGAGGAUCCGUUUUCUAUAACAUCAAGAGAUGACCCCUUUACUGCGUCAUCAGCACCAUCAAAAGAGGACCCAUUUACAGUGCCAUGUAGUCCACCAGUGGAGGCUGCUUCGGAUCCCUUCAGUGCCCCUGCAGCAGGUUCGCCCCAAGAAACUGCAGAUACAUGGGGAGCUCAAACCAGUUCUCCGCCUGCCAAAGGCUCUGAUGCUUGGGGAGCACCGAGUGUUCCAAAGGAAACCAAGAGUGCCGAUCCCUGGGGGGACGACCCAAGUGUCUCUUCGCCACUUGCUGACUCUGACCCAUUUGGAGAUGCAACCAAGCCAGACGAUGACCCAUGGGGAGCCCCUGAUUCAGCUUCAGCUCCAGUCACAUCUGAUGUUGCAUGGGGAACCCCAGCUCCUCCCGCAGACUUGUCCCCCUCCGUCGACCCAUUUGGAGACGGAGCAACUAAAAGCAAUGAUCCCUGGGGGGCACCAAGUAAUGCUAGUGGUGAUGGUGCAGGAAGACGAACAUCAAAAGAAGAGGAGAUCCGUAGAAAGACUGCUUCAUUUUUGGGCUCUACGGGGGGGUCACUGGUUGACGUGGACGAUCUGUUUGCCCCGAACCCCAAAACCAAACAACAGCCCCUCAUCAACACGCUCGCUGCCCGGACACAUGCCAUCGGUACAUCCAAAGGCAUGACAUCUGGUCCUUUGGCCAGAUCAGAGGCAUUCACUGAAACUUUAGCCCCAAACUAUAACCCCUUUGAUCCCAGCCUAGCACCCACUCCUGGUGUAACUCAUUCUGCUUUUGGAGCUGCCGGUCCCUCUGGUGAAACUCUCCAGUUUAGGGAACUGUUACACGCUGUGGGAAUGCCUCAUUCUUCUGUGCAUGUUCUUCAAGCAGCUCAGGACGCUCCAAAAUAUGGAAUGCCACCACCUGCAACACAAAUGGGGUUGGGAAUGUUGGAGUCAGAAUAUAAUGUGGGGAAUAUUUUGGGAACAGGGGACGCUCCAAUUAGCUUUUUUGGAGCAAACUCAGCAGGUGUAAAUCCAUUUCUAUGUGUUUCUCCACAGACAGGAAGUGAGAUUAACACAGGCAGUGAACCAAAUGAGAUGAUCAUAAUCGAUACCAAUACAUUUUUGCUUUAACAAAUUAUUUCAUUGAGUCAAACGAAAUUGUUAUUAAAUAUCAAUAAACAACAAUAACCAUUAUGGAGCUUUUCAUUUUUAUGACCAUGAUGUUGUUAUUUAAGGCAUGUUUCCACUUCUAUGUCUGUUGACACAAUGAACAAUGGUCAGGAUCUGCUUAUGAAAUAGUAAAUUAUUCUUAAAACCUUCCCUUUUGUAUUUCGUCCAUUCCUUCAACUGUUCAAAUAAAAAAAACAUGUCAGCUGGAUAAACCAUUAAAUUUAUCUGGGAAAGGAAACAUUCAAGUGUCUUUGGGGAAACACUAGAGUAACUGUGUAUCUGUGUGGUUCUUUUGUUACAUAUGUUUGUUUUCUUCAAGUGUGCAUGUGUUCAAAGGAGAUUUGUGUGUGUGAAGUGUGUGCACACUGUGCAGGUGUGCAGUAUAUAGUUAUAUAUAUAUUGUGCUGAUGUAAAUAGUGGAAGUAAUUACUGCUAAACCUUGAAUUAUACUGUAUAUCAAAGUGUUACAGUCAAGAUUAACUAUUUAUGGAUAUAUUUAUUAAUUUAUUUAUUGCUUCAUACAUUAUUGAUGCAACCGCGGCCUCCAACAAAAGAAGAUCAGGUGAACUUAUAUUAAAAUUCAGCUCAGUAACUGUUGGUGUGUCCAUUUUAUCCUUUCUGAUUAGGAUUCAUCGUGUAGUGGAACAUGUCUGCGUUGUAUGUCCCAACAAAUUGCUUUCUGUUACAUGCAUGCACUCUGAGCACAUCCUGUUAUCGUAUAUAUGUGGGUGUGUGUGUGCGUGUGUAAGAGUGAGUUCGACCUUUACAGUUUUGGUGUGUGAGUGAAACAAAAUUCUGUAUUUUAGAAAACACCUUCUGUAAGAGUAAAUAAAGGGAUUCAGUUGAUGUCGUUCUGAUUCCAGCAACAUUGAGCUGAACAGUAGCAGCUGAAAGGACUGAGUUUCAACCUAUACUGAGCCAUGCAACUUCUCACAUUUAAACUGUUUGCAUUCUUUUAAUCAACUCGGGGGCUACCUGUUCAUGUUCUACUUUAUGUGGAUGAAAUAAAAAAUUUUGAUUGAAUGAAAUCUGAAUUUAUGCUCACUUGGAUUCUAAGUGUUUCAGGUUUUGCUCAUCCUAAAUGAUUAAACAGAAGGUUGUCAUUUAAAGCCUCACACAGCAGAUGAAACGUCUGUGUAAACAUAAAAAGAAGGUCAGCCUCUGUCCGUUCAGACUAAGAGGAUUUUGGCAGGUAGACCGUGUGACUUUCAGAUUUUAUUUUGUAUGAGAUACAUUUAUUUUGCUGUGUAUUUACCUUUAAAACUGUGUUGUAGACUGUGACAGUGUAUAGUACAUUUGAGGAAUAAAAUGGAUUAUGUUGCCUCUA